AUGACUAGUGAAUUUGAACCGGAUUGGGCGGAUGCCCCAGUUGAGGAAAAGUACGUUUUUCAAUUUGAUUUUGAGCAAAAUAAACGUAUUUCCAUUCUUUCAGAAAACAAAGGAAGGAAACGGCUUCAAUGUUUGGACCACAAAAAGAUCCUAAAUGGUGGGAUAUCAAUACUUUUAAUAAGGAAGAUAAUCCACACGGUCUCCUUCAAGAAUCAUCAUUCUCCAGUCUUUUCCCAAAAUACAGAGAAAAGUAUAUCAAAGAAAGUUGGCCGCUUGUUGAAAAAGCAAUGGGUGAACAUUUCUUGAAAGCAGAUUUGGAUUUGUUAGAAGGAACAAUGUGUAUAAGAACAACUCGAAAAACAUGGGAUCCUUAUAUAAUUAUGAAAGCAAGAGAUGUUCUCAAACUUCUAUCAAGAAGUGUUCCUUAUGAACAAGCAAUUCGUGUUUUGGAAGAUGAAAUUUAUUGCGAGAUUAUCAAAAUUUCAUCAAUGGUCAGAAACAAGGAGCGAUUUGUGAAAAGAAGAGCAAGACUUAUUGGAAAUGAAGGUUCGACAUUAAAAGCCUUAGAAUUGCUUACACAAUGUUUUGUUUGUGUUCAAGGAGGAACUGUUUGUGCAAUUGGACCAUUGAGUGGAUUGAAACAAAUCAAGUAAGUAAUUUUUCAAACUUUUUUUUAAUUCUUAUGCAAACAUAUUAUUUUUUCAGCCAAAUUGUAACUGAUUGUAUGAAUAAUAUUCAUCCAAUUUACAACAUCAAAACAUUGAUGAUUAAAAGAGAAUUGGCGAAAAAUGAGGAAUUGAAAGAUGUAAAUUGGGAUGGAUAUUUACCAAAAUAUCGAAAGAAGGUUCAAUCAGCAACAACAACAAAAGAAGCAAAAAAGAAGAAGGCAAUGAAUAUGAAAAAGAAGGGAGAAUAUACACCAUUCCCACCAGCACCAGUUUUGAGCAAAAUUGAUAAACAAUUGGAAAGUGGAGAAUAUUUUGUUAGAGAAAACGAGAAAAAGAUGAACAAGAAAAGGUUAGUUUUGUCUUUAGGCUAACUCAUUCUGUUCCUCGAAAUCAUAUAAUUAACUGAUUUUUAGAGCAAAACUCGAAGCUUCCGCUGUUAAGACAAUUGAAAAACAACAAGCCAAGUUGAAAGUGUAUCAACAAAAAGAUGAAGCUCCACGUGAAAAGGUUACCAAGAAGCGUGAAAACGACACGCCGCUUGAUCUCGAAAAACUGAAGAAAAAAGUCAAGAGAGUUAAAAAGUAA